AUGCGAUGGUUGACGGAUGGGACCGAGUGCUCUUACAGUUGUCGAUAUUUGCCGCCAAAUUUCAAUACGUGCGCGUUGCCGAUGGUUUUUACACAUAGCUACGACUAUCUACACCUUCUAUCAGAAGGAAUAAACAAGGAUAGGCUAAGAGAAAUUGUUGGAUCGCCAUUCAUGACUGGAACUGCGGGAUUUGAAAGAUUGAAUCAGCAGUUAACAAGAGCAAUUUCGAUCUACACCCCAUCGCCGGCAGAAUUUAUGCCGAAACGUUUCAUUGCUCUUCAGCGAUGCGAACGGCGGAAUAGCGAAGAAAUUCCAAAGUUCAAGUGUGAAGUUGACGAAAAGACGUCCAUUGAUCUCGAUGAUUCACAUGUUCAAUUUUUAAGUCAAUUCGGAACUCCAUUGGGAUGCUCUUUAGACUCAUAUUCUUGCUUCGCUCAUUUUGAAACAAUGUCGAAAAAAUUAGAACUUUUCGUUGACUCAAAAAAAAGGAAAGUUGCUCCGAUUAAAGAACAGGCCGCGCCCAUUGACGAUUCCUGCAAUUACGCAGAAAAACUGAUCAAUAUAAUGAAAUCUAAGUCAAUUUCGUUGUAUGGUGUUGGAAAGCUGAUAUCGUUGGGAUUUCAAAAUGGCUCGGUUACCAACGUUAUCCUUACCGAAAUCGAAGGUGAAUUAGCAAAGAACGCUAUUACUUAUUCGAUUGAUAUCGGUGACAUGAUCUUCAACACUGAGAGAGAUGAUUCAGCCAAAUACGAAAGAAUCGCGCAGACGUUCCUGGCAAACCUGAAUUGGAAGAAAGCAGACAGUUUCAAAGAAAAAACAAAAAAGGUGAUUACGCAGAUAGCGAAGGAAGUAAAAGACGUUCCGACUGGUCUUCAACUCAAAGGUAAAGUUCUUAAUGAACGAUACCUGACUCCAUCGAUGGAUCCUUUUGAGGCUAUUGACCUAAACGCUGUGUAUGCCGCUCACGCAGUGCAAGGAUCCGAUCUGUUAAAUCAGAUCAAAUCUUUAAUGCGCAGCAUUUUGAAGACAAUGACAAAUCCGCCUCUCGUAAUUUGGAAAUUUACAAAUUGCGAAUCGCAGGUUUCUCGUGAAAGCGCUCUUGAGCUCUUCCCAAAAUCGCUUAAUGCGAUAAUCGAGAGAUUCAUAUACGACGCCCUCGGUGUCUUUGUACCAUCUCAGUUCGAAAACGAUGUGAGUCGAGAAGAAGAAUUGGUUAAUUCCAGUUUCUAUUUAAUGCUCUCCAGCACUCCCGAUGGUCGAAAAAAUGAAUUUGCUCGUCGUCAACAGGCGAGGCUGCGGAUGACUACAAAACUCCAACAAUGCAUGACAAAGAGUUUAAACUAUAUAAGAGAGCUACAUUACAACUACGAGAAAAAAAUUUUGGAGCCAUGCAGAAACAUCAGCCACGUCCACCACGUGACCUGGAAAGAAUGGCAAGAAGCCAGUCAGGAUCCGAUUGAGUUCGAGCAAUUUCAGUAG